AUCAUGUCCGGCAUAAGUGAGUUCUAUCGCGACAAGGUGGUGUUCGUGACCGGUGGUACCGGCUUCAUCGGGAAGAUCGUGGUGGAAAAGCUGCUUCGAACGUGCGAAGUGAAGGAAGUGAUUUUGAUGGUGCGCGAGAAAAAGAACACGCUGCCAGAGCAGCGCAUCAAGACACUUUGCGCAUCGCCGAUAUUCGAACGUUUAGCUAAAAAGAAUCCCAACUACCAGGACCGGAUUCGUGUGAUCGAAGGCGAUCUCGAGAAGCCCAACUUUGAUCUGUGCCCGGAAAGCUUGGACUAUCUGAAGGAGCACACCAAUGUCAUCCUGCACAUUGCGGCCACGGUAAAGUUUGACGAAGAAAUGAUCAAAGCAAUCACGAUCAACCUUGCUGGCACACGAACCGCGCUAGAGAUAGGCCGUCAGUCCAAAAACCUACAGAGUUUCGUGUACGUUUCAACGGCAUACUCGAACAGCUACGACGAACACAUUCAGGAGCGGGUCUAUCCGAUCGACUGUAACCCGGAAAAGAUCCUGGCCAAUCUCGACGACGAGAAGUUGAUACAGGACGUGAUCAAGUACUCACUCAAAUGGCCCAACACGUACACCUUCACGAAGGCGCUCGCCGAAGCGCUAACGCUCGAAUAUCGCCAACACUUCCCGGUCGCGAUCGUGCGCCCGUCCUGCGUUAUGGCCAGCCUGAACGAACCGAUACCCGGCUGGUGCGAUUCGAUCUACGGCACAAACGGCACGUUCAUCGGCUGGUACUAUGGUCUUAUCCGCACGAGCCACAUUGAUCCGGAGGUGACGAUCGAUACCGUGCCGGUGGACUACGUUUCGAACGCGAUCAUUGCCGUCGGAUGGAAAACAUACAUCGAAAGAGCUCAGGAACCGGAACUGCUGGUGUACAACUGUGUCAGCUCCACCGACAAUCCACUAACGUUUGACGAACGAAGACGUGAGUGUGAGAAGGCGUGCAAGAAGCAUCCGCUCCUGACGGGGAUCUACCGACCGAUCACCUUCGCCUCGAGCAACGAGAUCAUGUUCCGGCUGUACUCGUUAGUGCUACACUAUCUGCCCGCUUACAUCAUGGACAUGGCCUUGAAGUUCCGCGGCGAGAAGCCUCGUCUAGUCGAUACGUACAUGAAGAUCGAUAAGGUCGUUGCCACGGUGAAGAAGUUCUCCAACACCACAUACUUCUUUGACAAUCAGAACAUGAAGGACCUGUAUCUGGCCAUGAGCCCAGUAGACCACCAACAGUACCCUUGCGAUAACCGAAACUACAGCUGGCGUCUGUAUUUCGAGGUUGCCGUGCCAGGGCUGAAGAAAUACUUCUUCAAGGAGGACCUAAACAACGUGAAGCGAGCCCGCCAGGCGAUGCGCAAGAAGGAGCUGAUCGUGAACACCACGGUGUUUCUAAUCGUCGGCCUGAUACUGCUCCAACUUUACUAUCUACUGCGCUAAUGAAGA